AUGGCCGACCCUUCCGCAGAGGGUGCCGCGAGCCCCGACGUCACCUUCAAGGUUAAGACGUCGGGCGACAAGCAGCACACCAUCACCAUGUCCGAGGCCGCCACCGUAAACGACCUCAAGGCCAAGAUUGCCGGCUCCGACUUCGAGGACAUCCCCAUCGAGCGCCAACGUCUCAUCUACUCAGGCCGUGUUAUGAAGAAUGACGAGCCUCUUAGCACCUACAAGAUCAAGUCGGGCAACACCGUGCACCUGGUCAAGAGCGCUGCCAGCAACCCCGCGCCCGCGCCCGCAACCACCUCGUCGUCCACGCCCCAGCCGCCCCAGGUGCCCACCAACAUGGCUGCCGGCACUGCCAACAAUCCCCUCGCAGGCCUCACCGGCGCGCGCUAUGCUGGCUUGACCGGCCUGCCAUCCGCCGACAUGUUCGGUCCUGACGGUGGAAUGGUUGGCUCCGGGGUCGACGAUGAGCAGCUCGCCAACAUGCUGGACAACCCUAACACGGCGCAGCAACUGAACGAGAUGCUGAACAACGACCAGUUCAUCGACAUGAUGAUCCAGUCCAGCCCCGCGCUCCGAAACAACCCCAACGCCCGCGAGAUGAUACGGUCGCCCAUGUUCCGCCAGAUGAUGUCGAACCCCGACACCCUGAGACAAGCUGCUCGCAUGCAACGCAUGAUGAGGGGCAGCAAUGGAGGCCAGAACGCCUUCCCCAUGCCUGGAGUAACCGACAACACUCCUGGCGACGGAGCCGCGGCCGGUACGGGAAACAACAAUCAGGCCGCAGGAGCCCAGGGCCAAGCCAGCCCCUUCAAUCCCUUCGAUCCUGCCGGCUGGGGUAACAUCCAGGUUCCCGGAGCGGCCGGCGCAGGUGCCAAUGCUGCCAACCCGUUCGGCGCUUUCUUCAACCCUUUCGGAACGCCACAAGCUGGUCAGGGUGCAGCUGGCACCACGGGCGCAACGGGCACCACGGGCACGACCCCGGCUCAGGGAACGACUGGCGCGCAAGCCGACAACGCCACCGGUCAAGGUCAAGGCACCGACGCUACAAAUCCUCCGCCGAACCCCUUCGCCAGCCUGUUUGGCGGUAUGAAUCCCGGCGCAGGCGCAGGUGCGGGUGCAGGAGCUGGAGCAGGCGCAAACCCUUUCGGCAUGCCGCCCAUGUCGCCCGAAGCCCUGCAACAAAUGAUGCAGUCGCCCGAAGCCCUGCAACAAAUGAUGCAGAUGCUCGGUAUGGGAUCUUCCUCGGGCUCUCCAGCGCCAGCGGCACCAGCAGACAAUCGACCACCCGAGGAACGAUAUGCCGAGCAGCUGAGACAGCUCAACGACAUGGGCUUCUUCGACUUUGACCGAAAUGUUGCUGCCCUCCGACGCAGCGGUGGAAGCGUUCAAGGUGCUAUCGAGCACCUUCUAGGCUCGUAG